AUGCAUAGUAAUGAACUUGGAAAUCCGGACCAGAAUGCUCUGACCACAAAGCAAAGAGCAAGAGCUGUUAAUGAACCUCAACUCAGUCGGGAUUCUGAGGAACUUCACAUCACAUCUUUAGCGUAUAAGUGCCCACUGCUCGGCAAAGGUCUCUUCUCACACGAAGGAGGUCAGAGCAUUAGUCGCCACGGUUACUCAAGGCGGAUGUUGUGGAAGAGUCAAGUUUCGCCACAAAUGAGUCGGAUCGACCAAAGUGAUACCACGGCCUCACACAGAACCGGGUUGGAACAACCACAGUGUUAUGUUUCACUGUGCACUGGUCCAUGUUCAGACGGGAAGGUGCUAUACAGCAUGGGUUGCCACCAUGACAGCAUGACAGAGCGGACAUGUCGGAAUCCAGUUCCUCGGUCUUUAGGAGUACGAUGUGAUUACUCAAGAUAUCUACAAACUAAGAUGCUGUGCCAAACAAAAAUAGCUGCUUUAUUAUUUUUGGCUGUUCUAUCGCCAAGUUUCGGAGAUCCUGUCGGCGAUCGCCAACAAGAAGAAUGCAAAAAAAUGUCGUCGUGUGCCUCAUGCAUAACGAAAAGUUUCUGCACGUGGUGCGUGACCAAGAGCAAAUGCACGAAGCAAUCAUGCGGCAACGAUAACAUAAUUUUCCCCAAGGAAUACUCGGCCAUAAUGGCUGGGCCGCAGUUCUGUCCCAGGGUCGUGGAACCGGAAGAAAUGUUGACUCUGAAGAGUGGAGCAAAGGAAAUUAUUGAAGUGAAAAUUACUCAGAUACAUUUGUAUAUGGCGUUCACUCCAUGGAAAUGUAAAAUAGAUUAUAACGGUGAGCAAAUGACCGUGGUCGCCAUGUUGUUGGGUGACAAAGUAUUUUGUGAAUCUGUGCUCCUCACAAACGACUCCCUCGAGCCUUCCAGGAGCGGUAGUGUUUCAGUACUUUGGGACUACAGCAAAUCCUUUGAUGGAUCUAUUCCGUUUAAAGUGUGCCGUUGUGACUUAGACCCUCUGUGCAACGCUUGUAAUAAAUUAACUGAUGCCAUACCAUAG